UACUUUUGUGUCGGAACUCGAUGUUAAAAGCGGCAGUAUCCAUCCGGAACUAAAUACCAGUAGUGCAGUUAUGUGUCUAAUAUUAAAUAGUUCGGGUUUGUUAAACUACGAUAGUGCUUUUCAUUGGGUUCGUAUUGGUUUUCAGCAGUCUGACGCUGAUCGAACGUGGAAAGUCUGUGCGGUGUACAUGCGUUGUCUUGUUAGAAGUCCAUGCUUAUUUGUUAGGUUUAUUGUGCUAUGGCCACAGCUCCUGAAAACGACUCUGAUGGUACCAAGAAUGCAAGAAACCCAACCCUUGAACGAUGUUUGGAGGUUUUGCGGGAUGCAAAAAAAUGAUAGUGAGCAAUUUGCAGCUCUCCUGUUGGUUACAAAGGUGGUCCAAGCUGGUGCCAUUGAUGCAAAGACCCGCAGAAGAAUAUUUGAUGCAGUUGGCUUCACAUUUCUAAACCGCCUUUUGAUUAGUCGGACUCCAGAUGGUUGUCCUGACCAUAUUUUCCAGGCCCUUGGAUUGACUUUGCUGGCUUGCUUUUGUACAGAUCCUAGUUUAGCUGCACAUACCCAAGUGCUGAAUAAAAUACCAACUUUAAAUGAAGUUAUCUGCAGACAGCAUCAAGACAACUUGGCCAUGAAGCCGGUAAUUGAGGAUGCCUACCAAUGUUUAUUUGCCAUUGCAGAGACCCCUGCAGGUCAGCAACAUCUUCUUGACCAUGGAAGUGUGUCAGCUUUAUGUUUGACUUACCAGUCACAGAAUCAUGGCCACAGUCGAGCACUACAGCUUCUUAAAAUCCUCUUAAACACCAUGGGAUUUCAAUGCUGGAAAAAGAGCAAGUCUGAGCUGAUGGAUGUAUUCUGCAUGCUGUGCAGGGAAUUUUGCCAGUCCGAAGACAGCAAGAAGUUUGAACUUUGUGAGAUUUUGUCUUUUUUCUUGCCCUCUCCUCCAUCUCUUACAAGUAGUCCUUUGGGAAUUGAAUGCUUGAAGAAUACAUACACAGGACUCUCUAGUAUUUUGAAGAGUAAACUGACUGUUUCCCAGCGAGAUCCAGCAUUAAAACUAUCAUCCUGUCUUCUGAGUGAUUAUGGUAUUGAUUGGAUCUUAGCCGAUAGCAGAAGGGCACGCAGUAAGUUCUUGUCACUGCUUGUGAAUUUAGCUUGUGUUGAGGUUCGCCUAUAUUUAGAAGACACUGUCCUAGAAGAAGAUGAAAGACAGGCUGUGAUUGCUGCAUGCUAUGGCAUCAUUGAGUUUGGAAUGAUGACUUGUAUAAAUGCUGAGACAUUAUUGUUAACGCAAGAACAGAAACUGCAGUUAAUAGACAUCAUGACAGAAGCAUUUGGAGCUGUUGUUUAUUACCUAAAACAGGUGGACCUGGAAAGGAUGCACUCUCCUUUUAUUUUUGCUUCAGUUCGAAUCUUGAGUGCUUGGCUUGCUGAAGAGACAUCAUCUUUGAAACAAGAAAUCUGUGACCUUCUGCCAUUUCUUGUUCACUAUGCAAGAUCACUUUUCAGUGGAAAAGUUGAAAUAAAUCAGCUGUCCUGUCAGAUUGCUAAGAUCAGACUGUCCGAGGACUCCAGUAAAUCAGCAUGGCCUAGAGAUGUCCUGAGGUUUCUUCUACCUGGUCUGUGCCACUUAACAGCAGAGGAAAAGCCACGUGAAAUUCUUAUUAAAGAAGGUUUCCCAUCACUACUGCUGCUUUAUUUCUGUAGUCAGUGGGAGGCGUUUAAUUCUAACCAUCAGUCGCUACCUAAUCACACUGAUGUAGAGAUGAGUAUACAAACUAGCUGUGGCAUCUUUCUUAAUCUGGUUGUGACGGAACCAGAUUUAGUAAGGCAAGAAGACUGUUUUUCCUCUCUGCUUUCUUUGUUGAUGAAGUCUGCUCCAUCCCUAGUGGUCAACACUGAUCAUCUAGUUCUAGCAGCUAACUUCGUCACACUAGGUCUAAUGAUCUAUAGGAUCCUCAGUAAUUCAUCAGUUCUUUCGACGCCUGUGGUAUCAACGUUUUUCAAAUCUGCAAUUCACCUCUUGUCAAAUGCUCACUUUAUAAAGGCAAACCCAGAAGAGAAUACGUCUAAUAUUGCUGUAACUGGCCAGUACUUCAGAUGCUGGGAUGAAAUAUCAGAGCUCUGGUUCUUGGGAAUGCAAGCUUUUGCAAGCUGUCUUCCAUUGGUGCCUUGGUUACCGCAACUUGUUUUGGAAUCUGGGUGGCCGAGAAACAUUCUGCAUCUCCUGGAUCAAGCAUCACCAACAUCUGUUGAUAUGGAGCUUGUCACUGCCUUCCAGGGUCUGUUACUCCAGCUAGCAAAACAUAGCCGUCAGUGUGAAGACCUCAUUUUAUCAGAAGGUGGAGAACAGAAAGCUAAUCUGUAUGGCAUGGCAGCUUUAGAGCAGCAUCUUCAAGGAAAAUGAGCACAGUCUGCAGUAAUAAAAAGCCUGACCAUUUUAAUGAACAUGUCUGUACACAGCUUACUUUUGGAAACUCUUGGAAAUUCUUAAUUCAUUAUUUUUGUUGAAAUGCAUAACAUGGCUUAGGUUCUGUAAAGCUGUGAAUGGAGUGCUGUGUUUGUAAUCAUUUGGGAUAACAAAUUACCAUGAAAAUCAUAUACAGCAAUACGUAUGUGUUGUUGAGCAUCUGAAUGCAACUUAGUUGUAUCUAUUUUCCAUUUUUGUGGCAUAAGUACCCUCUGUAUCAUUACUGUAAUGUAAUUUUGUCAUAAUUCUGCAUUCCAUAGGCAAGUACUGAUAUUUUGAAAAAGAGAUGGUUUUCUGCAGCUUUAUUUUGCAAACCAUGAAUGUCAGCCUGUAUGCGCCUUACUCUGUUUAUAGAGUUCCAUGACCUUUUGCACUUCCUAAGCAGUGUGCAUAACAUACAUGUACUUACCUGUGUAUGUUGGUAGAAGAAUGGUAUUUAUAAGACCACAAAUGACAUUUGUAAUGUUAGCGUAUUGAAAUGUUGACAGGAGUAUUGUUACACAUGUUGACAUAGCGUUGCUUGAAAGAGUACUGUUGAACAUGUUGACACAGUUGAAAGAGUACAUGGUUUGAGAAGAAAAAGUAUAGAUGAGUCCUGCUUUUACAUAAAAAGAUAUGAAAUAUCCACAGAACAGCAAGUUUUAUCCAAAACAGAGUCAUUUUUUUUUCUGUUUCCCAUAGUUGAAUGGUUUUCCAUGCUAUUUUGUACAGUCUGAAAAUAAUUGUUUUUUUUUAGCACUGCUUCUGCACACUGGUGGAAUUCUCAAGAACUGUGAGUAAUAAAUUGUAAUGAUUGGCUAGUGUCUCUCAUAUGUAA